AUGUCACUUGCCCACUGCAUUGGCGUGGCGCAUCAGGCCCCAGCCCAAGGAGCAGCGGACCCGGAGCAGCGGACCCGGCCCAGCGGAGCAGCGGACCCGGCCCAGCGGAUCCAGCUCAGGGGAACACUGUAUAUAACGCCAGACGAGCUGAGUACUUACAGCUACCCUGGUGUGGCGCACCAAGCCCCAGUGGAGCAGCAGACCCGGCCCAGCAGAGAGCGGCCCCAGCAGAGCGGAGCAGCGCGCGCCAGGCCCAGUCCGAGCCCCAGCAGAGCGGAGCAGCGCGCGCCAGGCCCAGCCCGAGCCCCAGCAGAGCGGAGCAGCGCGCGCCAGGCCCAGUCCGAGCCCCAGCAGAGCGGAGCAGCGCGCGCCAGGCCCAGCCCGAGCCCCAGCAGAGCGGAGCAGCGCGCGCCAGGCCCAGAGAGCGGCCCCAGCAGAGAGCGGCCCCAGCAGAGAGCGGCCCCAGCAGAGAGCUCCUCCUUAACCUUUUAUUUUGACCAGACCUUAAGACCCUUAGUCUUAUUUUAA